AAAAUUCGAUGAUUGGUCCAUUUGUUUAUUGACAUCGCUGCAAACAUGUCUGUCACACUGCACACGACCCUGGGCGACAUCAAGAUCGAAGUGUGCUGCGAUACAGCGCCCCGUACAUCCGAAAACUUCCUGGCACUUUGUGCAAGUGGCGCUUACAGUGGCACCAAAUUUCACCGGUAAAAAUAAUUUUUGCAUUAAAACUCGACUCUCGACUAACUUUUACCCGUUGAUACAGUAACAUGAAGGGAUUCAUGGUGCAAGGAGGAGAUCCCACCGGUACCGGCAAAGGCGGCCAAAGCAUCUGGGGCGGCACUAUCGACGACGAAUUCCACCCGCAGAACCGACACAAUUGCCGAGGCAUCGUAUCGAUGGCCAACAGUGGCCCCAACACCAACAAGCAGCAGUUCUUCAUCACGUACGCCAAGCAACCACACCUCAACAAUGUCUACACGGUUUUCGGCAAGGUCAUCGACGGCCUGGACACAUUGGACGCCAUAGAGAAGACGCCCGUGGACGCCAAGAACCGGCCGCUCAAGGAGAUCGUCAUCAAGUCCGUCACUAUCCACGCCAACCCCAUCGCCGACAUGUGAGAUUUCAAUAGCCAGGUUGCUAAAACUUAGCUAAAAUCCUUGCACAAAACGCGUCAUGAAGAGUGUAAUAUCGUCCGGUUUCUUCGUCUGCAUCUCGGCCAUCAGUUUGAGUUGCAUGAGUGAAUAAUGGUGCUUACGUGACGGCCUACGCAACAGUAAGUGGCGAUUUAGUGUCUGUUUGCCCUUGUGUCUUUCCAUAAGCUCCAGUGACACGGCCAAGUGGUCAACGCCACUGGCAUCAAGUGCGCCAGUUGCAUGUUUCGUCUCCUCCAAUACACGUUCUCGAUACUCCA